GCACAGGAGGUCCCCCCUCCGCACGAGAUCCUCCCAUCCCUCCCUCCUCCCCUUCUUCCAGCAGCAGCAGCAGCUCAAGCGGCCAGCACGGCAAAACCCCGAACCCCGUUGGAUUAAACGGGAGGCACCCGCGCCGGCACUUGCAGCCCGCGAGUGCCCCUGCUGCGCCAAUGCCGCCUCCCGCUCCCCGCCGCUCCUCUUUCCCCGUGGCCGCGGCCCUCCUCGCCGCCGCGCUCCUCAUCCUCGCGGCCGGGGCCGUCGCCGUCGCCGACGACGGGCGGACGCUGCUGGAGAUCAAGAAAUCCUUCCGCGAUGCCGACAACGCGCUGCGCGAUUGGUCCGGCGACGGGGCGUCCCCGGGCUACUGCUCCUGGCUCGGCGUGCUCUGCGACAACGUCACCUUCCAAGUUGCAGCUCUCAACCUCUCAGGGUUCAAUCUCGGCGGCGAAAUCUCCCCGGCCAUCGGGGAUUUGAAGAGCGUCGUGUCAAUUGAUUUUCAGUCCAGUGGACUUUCCGGGCAGAUCCCUGAUGAGAUUGGUGAUUGCUGGUCGCUUAAAAUGUUGAACCUGUCCUCCAACAAUCUGGAAGGAGACAUACCCUUUUCCAUAUCUAAGCUGAAGCACCUUGAAAACUUGAUAUUGAAGAAUAAUCAGUUGGUGGGGGUGAUCCCGUCGACACUCUCUCAGCUUCCAAAUUUGAAGAUAUUGGACUUAGCUCAGAACAAGCUAAGCGGUGAAAUUCCAAGGUUAAUAUACUGGAGUGAGGUUCUUCAAUACUUGGGACUGCGAAGCAAUAAAUUAGAAGGAAGCCUCUCUCCAGAUAUGUGCCAAUUGACUGGCUUGUGGUACUUUGACGUGAAGAACAAUAGCUUGAUGGGCACAAUACCAGAUACCAUUGGGAACUGUACGAGCUUUCAGGUCUUGGAUUUGUCUUACAAUCAUCUCACCGGAGAAAUCCCAUUCAACAUUGGUUUCCUGCAAGUGGCUACAUUGUCUUUGCAAAGGAACAACUUCUCCGGCCCUAUUCCAACAGUGAUUGGCCUUAUGCAGGCGCUUGCAGUGCUGGAUCUGAGUCUUAACCAAUUGUCUGGCCCAAUACCAUCUAUACUUGGCAACUUGACAUACACUGAAAAAUUAUACCUGCAAGGCAAUAAGCUAUCUGGGCCAAUACCACCAGAGCUUGGUAAUUUGUCGGCGCUUAAUUAUUUGGACCUCAAUGACAAUAAACUGACUGGGCUCAUUCCACCUGAGCUUGGAAAACUCACGGCCUUGUAUGACUUGAAUCUUGCAAAUAAUGAACUUGAGGGAACGAUACCUGAUAAUAUAAGUUCAUGCACAAGUCUUGUUAGCUUCAAUGCUUAUGGCAAUAAAUUGAAUGGGACCAUCCCACGUUCAUUGCACAAGCUUCAGAGCAUGACUUAUUUGAAUUUGUCAUCUAAUUAUCUUAAUGGAGCAAUUCCCACUGAGCUAGCAAGAAUGAUAAACUUAGACGUACUGGAUUUAUCAUGUAACAAGAUCGCUGGUUCGAUUCCUUCAGCAGUUGGCAGCUUAGAGCAUCUUUUGAGACUUAACUUGAGCAAGAAUAAUCUGGUGGGACACAUUCCUGCUGAGUUUGCAAACUUGAGGAGCAUCACGGAGAUUGAUUUGUCCUAUAACCACAUUAAUGGUUUCAUUCCUCGAGAGUUUGGAAUGCUGCAAAAUCUGAUACUGUUAAAACUAGAAAGUAACAAUAUGACUGGGGAUGUUUCUUCACUUACUAACUGCUUCAGUCUCAAUGUCUUAAAUAUAUCAUACAACAACCUGGCUGGCGUUGUACCUACAGACAACAACUUUUCACGGUUUUCACCUGACAGCUUCUUGGGUAAUCCUGGACUAUGUGGCUCCUGGCGUGGUUCUUCAUGCCCUUCCUCCAGUCAUGCAAAGAGAUUCUCUGUCUCAAGGGCUGUCAUUCUUGGUAUUGCUAUUGGCGGGUUUGCAAUCCUGUUGUUGAUCCUAGCAGCUGCUUGUUGGCCACACAGUCCAGCCGUUUCCACAGAUUUCUCUGUAAGCAAACAAGAGAUUCACGCUGUGUUAUCGAGCAAUGUUCCUCCCAAGCUUGUGAUCCUCCACAUGAAUAUGGCCCUCCAUGUAUACGACGAUAUAAUGAGGAUGACAGAAAAUUUGAGCGAGAAAUACAUAAUUGGGUACGGGGCAUCUAGUACAGUUUAUAAAUGUGUUCUGAAGAACUGCAAGCCAGUGGCAAUCAAAAAGCUAUAUGCUCACUACCCGCAGAGCGUGAAGGAAUUUGAGACUGAGCUCGAGACAAUUGGAAGUAUCAAACACCGGAAUCUUGUCAGCCUUCAGGCUUACUCACUAUCACCUGCUGGGAAUCUUCUCUUCUACGAGUAUAUGGAAAGUGGCAGCCUCUGGGACGUUUUACAUGCACCUUCGUCCAAGAAGACAAAACUGGACUGGGAGGCUAGACUCCAGAUUGCUCUUGGCACUGCCCAAGGGCUGGCUUAUCUUCACCAUGACUGCAGCCCACGAAUAAUUCACAGGGAUGUAAAAUCGAAGAAUAUCCUCCUGGACAAGGACUACGUGGCGCACCUUGCUGACUUUGGCAUUGCCAAGAGCGUGUGCAUCUCCAAGACCCACACAUCAACCUAUGUGAUGGGCACAAUUGGCUACAUUGACCCUGAGUACGCGCGCACAUCCCGCCUGAACGAGAAAUCUGAUGUGUACAGCUACGGCAUCGUCUUGCUCGAGUUGCUGACCGGGAAGAAGCCAGUUGACAAUGAGUGCAACCUCCAUCACCUGAUCCUAUCCAAAGCCGCGGACAACACCGUGAUGGAGAUGGUCGACCCAGACAUCACCGCCACAUGCAAGGAUCUCGGCGAGGUCAAGAGGAUGUUCCAGCUGGCGCUCCUCUGCAGCAAGCGGCAGCCGUCCGACCGGCCGACGAUGCACGACGUCGUGCACGUCCUCAGCUGCCUGGUCUGCCCAGAAGCGCCCCCGAAGCCGGCGCAGCCGCCGGCGUCGCCCCAGUCGUCCACGGCCCCGAGCUACGUGAACGAGUACGUCAGCCUGAGAAGCGGCAGCGCCCUCUCCUGCGCCAACUCGUCGAGCGCGUCCGACGCGGAGCUCUUCCUCAAGUUCGGCAAGGCGAUAUCGCAGAACACAGAGUAGACUGACCUGAGCUGCCAUGGUAGCAUUUUCGCUAACUGUUUUCGUCAAAGAUAGCAGAGGGGGACACUGGGUUUGGGGAUAUGUUCGAUUCAUUGUAAAUAUGCUGCAGCUCAUUCUGCUUUCAUCAGUUAGUUAUAUCUCUUCUUUUCGCCUUCCCUUUUGCGACCACUGUUGGGCUGGGAUCAUAAUAUGAGCUGUGCUAAAACAGAAAGGGUGUUUAUUCUGCUAAAACGAAAUACAGUUGGGUAAAAGUUCUGAUAA